ACACAUCCGAAACCCAGUCGCGCCGCGAGCCCAAUCCGCUCGACGCUGUUCGCUACUCGAAGCAGCAGCAAACCAGCCUGACUUAGAACAGAACCGAAAAAAGGUUAGAAUCCCGAAAGGAAAUCGCCGUCCUCGACGUUCUCUUGCAUCGAAAUCGUGCGUGCCGUGCGGGAUUCAGCCAUCGCCGUCUGCGAGGACAGACGCCGUGAUCGUACGACGCUCGCUGGCGUUUGAAGACGAUGCGCUUUGUGGUUACUGGUUGCGUUAUGCGCGUAUUAUGAUAGCGUCGCAAAGAAAUGGAGCAGAGGAAUCAAGAACUACUAGCACCAGAGCUCUACUUCUUAAUACAAAAGUUCCUGGCUGUGAGUCCAUUGACUGAAACAUACAAGGUUUUAAGUCAGGAACUUGAACAACAGAAGAUAUUACCAGCGAGAUAUGAUUGGGAAGGCAAUAAACAUGAAAGAACAUAUGAAGAUUUGGAGAGAUUAUACCCCCAUAUUGGGCCUACACACCUGUUGGAGAUCUGCAGCAGGAUAGGACCCAUCUUGGACAAGGAAAUACCACCAUGCAUUCAAGGCGUUCGAUCUUUGUUGGGUUCGGGGAGACAAUCGUUGUUGCGCAUAGCUGAUAGUUUUAAAAUUCCGUAUCUGACGAGCUAUUAUGCGACGCGACGCAAUGGCAUGCCGAUUUGUGAUCCGUUCGAUCCGAAAGUCAAUCAUAACAUUUCACACAUAUUGGCCGGAAGAGAAAUUUCUGGCCCUGUGCAUCGAGCGCUUGCACUUCCACCGACGAGAUACUCUUGGAUGCAGCUGCAGGUGCAAACUUUAGGACAUCUCUCAGCUGUAUAUUGUUUACUUUUUGACCGUACGGGAAAAUAUGUUAUUUCCGGUGCUGAUGAUUUACUUGUAAAAUUAUGGUCGGCGAACUCCGGCCGUCUAAUCAAUUCCUUCCGUGGUGCUUCAGCAGAAAUCACAGACAUUGAUGUAAACUUAGAGAAUACCCUCCUCGCCGCUGGUUCCAUCGACAGAAUCCUCCGCGUUUGGGAUUUACAGACCGGCGCGCCUAUAGCGGUGUUAACCAGUCACACAGGCAUUAUCACCUCGGUGCAUUUCUGCCCGACUGGCAACUAUGAUAUUCGAUACCUUACCACAACCAGUUCCGACGGAUCUGUCGCCUUUUGGACCUACAAUCACGAUGCGCGCAAACGAGCCAAUUUCGGCUCGAAACCAAUCCUCUAUCAGGAGAAAAUGCGUCCUGGCCAAUCACAAAUGAUUUGCUCUUGCUUUAGUCCCGGUGGUACCUUCCUUGCAGCCGGUAGCGCUGAUCACAACGUGCGUAUCUACCUGAUGCGCAGCGAUGAAGGACCAAAACGUAUUCUAGAAACCGAAGUGCACAGCGAUCGAGUUGAUUCAAUCGUUUGGGCACAUCGAGGAUUACGCUUUGUUUCCGGUAGUAAAGAUGGCACUGCAUACAUAUGGCACUUUGAAUGUCAACAGUGGAAAUUCAUGAAGUUAUCAAUGGAUACAAAAUUGCCUGGAGGUGCAGUAACUGAGGAUCCAGAUCAGGAACCGAAGAAAUUGUUUGUAACGAUGGUUGCAUGGGACUAUUCGGAUAACUUCGUGAUUACCGCAGUGAGCGAUCAUUGUUUGAAGGUAUGGCAGUCAUCAACCGGGCAGUUACAACGCGUGUUGACCGGACAUACAGAUGGCGUGUAUGUGUUGGAAUCACAUCCUAGAGAUCCGUAUGUUAUGUUAUCCACCGGACACGAUGGACAGUUGUUUGUGUGGGAUGUAUUGCGUGGGACAAAAGUGGCGCAUUUCACGAAUAGUUUGGAUAACGGACAAGGACAGGGAUCGGUUUUCGAUGCGAAAUGGUCGCCGGAUGGGUCUAUGUUCGCCGCGUCGGACUCACAUGGACAUAUUAUGAUUUAUGCGUUUGGUACCGGCAAUCCACAGCUAAAAUUACUGCCAAAAGAAUUAUUUUUCCAUACGGAUUAUCGCCCGCUGGUGCGUGACGCAGAUCAUACUGUCCUGGAUGAGCAGACGCAGGUGCCGCCACAUUUGAUGCCUCCGCCAUUUUUGGUGGAUAUUGAUGGUAAUCCGUAUCCGCCGAUGUUGCAACGACUGGUGCCUGGACGCGAACAUUGUACCAGUGAGCAGUUGGUGCCGAAUAUUGUGAUUGGAACAGGUGGCAGGCAGGAGGUGAUACAGGGUUUGGCGGAAGCUGCACCGCGGAGUGAUAUUGACCGCAUGAUUGCUGCGCUUGUACAACGCCAGUAUGGGAAUGAUGAGCAGGAAGCAGGGGGUAGUAAUGCUGCCAGUCCAAGGGCUGUUGGGAAUGGACCCAGAAGGUCUGGAGAGAGUUCUGUGGAAGGUAUACGACAAAGCACGGGCGAUUGGCAGCGUGAUUCCAAUUUUGUGUGGAGUAAAAAGGCUCUGGUGCGACCAUUGUGCAAAUCCGAAUUAGAAGUAGCUAGGAAUUAUGUUGAAACAAUGUCAUCUUUUGAAAUGGCUGACUAUCAACGUGAAAGUAAGAAGCGUCCGCUGAUGAUUAACACUGCCACGACCUCGACGUCAAACGAAAAAGGUCGCAAUCGUCGAAGACGCAACGGUAACGUAAACACGCGCCGAACGCGUCGCUCGAAUCCAGCGCCGCGCGUUGUCGAGCAUGAUCACGACGGCGAAGAAGUGGACGUCGAUGCUGAAGACAGCAAUCAUUCGACGACCAGUAACAGCGAUUCGAGCGCCAGCGCCAAAGAUGACGAUUUGAGUCUGAGUGAUUCCAGCUCGGACACGGAGGAGUCCUCCGGGUAUUCUGAUUGGGUUGCUGACCAAGGUGAAGUUUUGGAGCCGCCGAAGAGGUCGAAACGGAAACCGGCACAUCGGAGUAUGAAUGGGGAUGAUGGGCCUAGCACGAGUAAUUCCAGUAAACCCAAAACGAAACGUAUACCAUACUCCAAAAUCAAAAACGGCGAGAUACCUGAAGCUUACAAGGAUUUAGAAUGGUUAUCGAAGACAGUGCCGAGAAAAGCUCCGUAUUGCCCACAAAUGGGCGAUGAGGUGGUUUAUUUCGUUCAAGGUCAUCAGAUGUACGUGGAAGCAGUGAAGAAUAAGAAAAUUUACACGUUUAACAACAGGGAUGUGCCCUGGACCAAAACAAAACUCAGGGAUAAGGAGUUUGUGAAAAUAGUCGGUAUAAAAUACAUCAUCAAACCGCCACGGCUUUGCUGUCUGAAAUUGGCGCUGUUAGAUGAAGAACACAAACUCACCGAUAAUGUCUUCACUAUAAAGUAUCAUGACAUGGCGGACGUCCUCGACUUUAUCGUGCUCAAGCAAACCUACGAAACUGCCAUUGCACAUUCGUGGAGUAUUGGUGAUCGAUUUCGUUGUAUGAUCGACGAUGGUUGGUGGAUGGGCAAAAUCGAAACCAAGUCGGAUUUUAGUGAUGAACAUCCGGGGUCGUUGUUUAUGUGUUAUGAGAUUCAAUGGGAUAAUGGGGAGAAGGAGCGGAUGUGUCCGUGGGAUUUAGAACCAAUUAGAGAUGAUAGACUACCGGAGACAAUCGGUGAGGCGGUGCCCGUCCUACCGGAUGAGAUUCAAAGUAUACUUUACCAACCCGCCGUAGACGAAUGGCCGCUUGGCGAUCGCGAUGGCGCCUGUCGACGAAUCAUCAGCUGUCUGGAUAAAGUAAUGGCGUUGGCGAUUGCGGAGCCAUUUUUAGCGCCGGUUGAUUUGAACCUGUAUAAAACGUACGCGUUUGUCGUGGAAUAUCCUGUGGAUUUAUCUACGAUUAAGGCGCGAUUUGAGAAUCAUUUCUACCGGCGCAUUGCGGCUGCGCAGUUUGACGUGCGGUAUCUGGCCGCGAACGCCGAGCAGUUCAACGAGCCGCAUAGCGUGAUUGUAAAAUCGGCGAGGAUUAUCACCGAUUUAUGUCUUAGGAUAAUCAAACAUUCAACAGAAGAGAUUGAUGUCCAGGUUGUGUAUCAUCAGUUAAUGGACAUGUAUGAAUCAUCGGGAAGUGACGACGAUGGGGACGCCGAUGAACCCCGACCGGGUCCGUCGAAUGUUUCCGCUACGCGCCAUUUGCAAGCGCGUAACUUGCGCAGUUACAAUGAUGGAUACAGUAGUGAUUGGCGGUAUGAUGCAAAGCGUUUGUUAGAUGACAUGUUCAAUAUUCCGGAUUCGGUGCCAUUUAGGACGCCGGUUGAUACAUUGAAACAUCCAGAUUAUUUCCAAGUGAUUGAUACUCCAAUGGAUUUGUCAACGGUACGAGAAGAAUUAUUCGGUGGUAAUUACUCGUCACCUGCCGAUUUCGCAAAAGACAUGAGACUGAUAUUUUCUAAUUCUAAGCACUACAACACUAACAAACGAUCUAGGAUUUACUCAAUGACUGUGAGAUUAGCGAAUAUAUUCGAGGGACAAAUGGCACAAAUCGCCUCCGGAUGGAAGCGUUCGCGAAAUAAAGGCCCCACAGUUCGCAAAAGCGCUCGUAAACAACCACCGCGAGCGAAAACGAACGGAGCCAAUUCGGAUAACAGCGAGAAAGAGAAUCGCUGUCUGCGCAAUCGCAGUGCCGUUAAACGUCUGCAACCCGCCGCGAGUAUGAUGUUUGUCAUGCCCAACAGCUCGGACGACGACGGUGAAUCCCUGCGUGCAAUUGACCGCAUACUAAACCCUCACGCAUCUACAUCGGAAGCCAGCGGCGAGGAGGAAGCCGACAAGGAGCCGGCGAGUACUCGCACGCAACAAUCAACGGACGAUCAUAGCGAUGAUGAAGUCUUAGCCAAACACCGCAUGCGCAAACAGCCUAUAAUCGAAUCGGAAGAUGACAGCGAUUAUCAACCGCUUAGUAGAUAUGCCAGCACCAGUAAUCACAAACGCAAAAAGCCGAUGACUUGCGUGUCCACCAGCGAGGAGGAAGAGGAGGACGCUAGUUCCGGAUCGCAUCAUGAAAGCAGCAGCUCGGAUAGUGACAGCGGUAUUAAAAGAACCUCCGGUCACGACCUAAACGACGGCGGGUGCAUUCCGCCGAGCACGAGGAGAAGGACAACGAGAGUGACGACUCUGACGACACGGAUAGUGAUAAUCUGCCUCUCAAGCACUACGAGAGGGACAGGCAUAGCGAGGACAGCGCCGAGUCCGAUCGCGGUAGGACCGUGAGCAGCCGCGGGCGUGUGCGGAAGAUGACCGAGAAGGCCCGAACGCUGUGGAAGAAGUGAAGCCAAAUAAGUACAUUUUAGUCGUGUGACUGUAUAUGCGUGUUUUCCAUUUCUCUCUUCAUGUUCGCACCAAUCAGACACACGAUGAUUUGCAGAAAUACGUUUGUUCCACUAGUUUUAUUAAUUUUAGUGUUUCUUACUGCUCUUGUUGGUUUUAUAAUGGUACUUAUGAACAGUAUUAAGCCGGACUUAUGUUUUAAACACGUUGUGACGCUUGAUCAAUAGGUUCUCGAUUAAAUUAUUCGCAUACGUUGCAUUGCAUUGCCGCGCAGUCAAUGCGGAGUUUAGUUUCUCUAAGUGUACAUAACUGAUUUGAUGGCAUUCGGACAAAAAUCACAGCUGUGUAAAAAUGGAAUGUAUUUUUAUAUAAAUGGCGUCUUCAUUUACCUGCAAAAUAAUUUUUCUGGUGAUAUGGAAGAGUGCGAUAUGCGUUGAUCGAAUUAACAUGCAAAUAAAGUUGAUUUUUAAGCAAA